AAUUAGGUCUUGGGUUAUGUCCACCAAUAAUCAAAGUAUUAAUUUUUCAAAUUAUGCGAAUAAGAGCGCGCCGAGGGAAGAACUCGAUCUGCUUAAGCCAUAACACGGAAGAAAAAAUCUAUCGUAAAUGUACGAUAAGCUUUCAUUAAUUUACUGUUCACAAUUACGAUAGAAAUUAAUUAGAUUAUUUGCAGAUUCCAUACGUUAACAUUUUGAUCGAGUGGACCUAACUCAGGACAAUAUUGGACUUUUAUGUUCAUCUCGAUCUCUUCUAUCUUUUUACGAGCGUUGACCCACAUGUUUUAGAUAUAUGUACAUAGUUUAUACAUACGUUAGGUGUAUAUGUACAUUAUAAGUAAAUACAAAUGUUAUAAAUAAUCUUAAGAUUUAAUGUAUGUAUAAUAAUUAUACAUAUAUAAACAAAGUUAAAAUGCAAAUGAUAUAUAUGGCGUGUGCUAAUGUAAAAUAAAAGUUAAAAAAUAUCUUUUUAACGAGAAAAGAAACUAAAACUUUUUAAAGUCGUUAUUUGGUUUUAACAUUUCUACUGAAAAGCAUUUAUUUUUUGUUAAAAUCUUCCAAAAUAUUUGAUGUAAAAAAUUAAACAAUCGAUAUCAGGAAGCUUCUUCUCUCGGUUUUGAACAUUUUUGCGAAAUAUGCAUAUCUAAAUCUGGUCUUUAUACUGAAAACUAAGGCACAUCUGUAUAUCUGAAAUAGUAGCAUCAUAGGCGAUAAAGUAAUGCCAGCUAUAGGUAGCUUAACGACUGCAAAUAAUUCAUCGAUUUGCCUGAUGAUCGAUUUGCCGAUAAAAAUUGUAUCGUUGUGUAUCUCCAUGUAAUUUGUAAUAAUGCUGCCACAUGGUCACAUUACCCAACGUCACUUUUUCGCUCCUAGAUUCUCGAAUACGAUAAAUCCCCGUUCGCGAUGAUCGUCUUUCAGUCACGCGUUUGCACCCUUGAAUCGCGGUACCCUCAUUUUUUCCUUUGAUCCUCAAACGGCGAUAGUCACGUUUUGCUAUGAAAGAUUUCGCGACUCAUUGUUGUCUAUAGUAGGGUUUGGGAAUCAGGAUACUGAUUUUGUUGUGUUUUUCCAUUCUCACUUGUUUGUUUCAAUUUAUCCAAGAAUUAAUUCCAUACUUUAAAGUAAUUGUUAAUUAGUUAUCUAACUGGACAAAAGAGAUUUUUAAUUUUUAUACAGUAAUUGUUUAUUCGAGUUUUUGUUGUCACUCUGCGCUUUGCGAAAUGAAAGAUAUGAUAGCGCAUUUAAUUAUGAUACUUUUUCUCGUGUCGGGUACUAAAUCGUUGACAGAACGAAUAAACAAGAACAAUUAUUUCCAACUGAUCAACGAUGUUCACAGAUAUUAUCACACGUCGUGUGUUAUUUUGGUGCGGUCUAGCAAUCAUGAUUUGAACACGAUGACACUGGUGCACAUGUGGUCCCGUGAAUUCUCACGGCAGCAAGUCAUGACCGUGACUUUAACUUUCUCGGACCUGACAAGCGAGUACAACGAAUACCAGGAUAAUAUUACGCGGCCAUUGUUCGUCGUUCUCCUCGACACCGGGGAGACUAUGAACGAGUUUGCCAAGACCACGAGGGUCAUAAAACCGAUCUCUUUUCCCAUUUGGCUUGUCGUGUUUCUUCAGCGUUCUGGAAAUCCCCUCGAGAAGUACUGCAGACAACCUACCGAUAACAUAUUCAACGUGGAUUUCAGAACUCAGAUGCUGGUUCUGUGUUACGAUCGCCCGAUCUUGGUCGAAUGGUACGCCAUUCGCGAUAAUUUUACCAGAACAUUUGAUCUGGCCGCGUGGUCUCCCGAUAGAGGUCUGAUCUUGAAGACGCGAAAGGGCUUAUACGCUAGGAGGAGUGACAUGUUUGGCGAUGUUUUACGUGUGAUAUCUGUGAACAACUCGCCGCUGGUCUCGCUGAAGAACGGUACAAUCUGCGGGUUUCUUGGUCUUCUGCUGAUGGAACUUAGCAAAGUGAUGAACUUCACAGUGAAGAUUCUGGAUCCAGUGGAAGGAUUUGGUUGGUGGAAUCGGCAGAAAAACGGUUGGACAGGUGCUAUCGGCGAGUUAAUAGCUAAUAAAGCUGAUAUUGGCGUCUCCGCGUUCACGAUGACAACCAGUAGAUUAAAAGUCGUCGACUUCACGAUGCCAUUGGUACGCUCACAAUAUCGCCUCUAUUUUAAGCAACCCGAAGCCUCCAAAGUAUAUUGGUCUAUGUACUUCAGGGCAUUCAGUUCCGGAAUUUGGAUAACAUUAGUAGUGAUAAUAAUAGUCGUUUCUAUUAUGUUGACUAUUAUAAAGACAAAAGGAUUUUCGAUAACCUUAAUGUGUGAAAAUUAUAUUAAUGUUUGGGGCAUUUAUUGUCAGCAAGGUUUACCAGUAUUUCCCAAAGAGUCAUCAAUGAGAUUGGUUUUUCUCUCAAUUUACGUUUCUUCGAUAGUCAUUCUGUCCAUCUAUUCUGCCUCGUUAAUUAGUUACCUAGCGCUUUGUACGCCUAAAUUGCCUUUUUCUACUUUAGAGGGUUACGUUGAGGAUGGUUCAUACAAAUUAAUUGUUUUGCAAAACAGCGCCGAGUACGAUGUCCCUAGUCGUGUCAAGGAUCCCGUGUUUAUUAAAAUGUAUGAUUUGGUAGAAAAAAAGCAACAUUUACCUUUGACAUUGUCGGAGGGAUUUAAACAAAUCUGCGAGCGGGCGAAUUUGGGGUUUUACACGACGGAGGUAUUCAAGGAAGCUAUGAAUAUUUAUAUACAGUGUAGGGUUGUAUAUAUUGAUACCGGAAGAAUCGAUAACCUGGCGAUAACUUUAACGAAAGGAAAUCCUUACACUGAAUUUAUGAAUUAUCACUUGCGGCGAUUUCACCUUAACGGUGUUAUGGGCAAGUUAAGAAAAAAGUAUCUCAUAAAAAGUGUUCCUCGGGGUAAAAAUGUUUAUGGUUAUAUCGAGUUGAGCGAUGUAACGCCGACUUUGACGAUAGUGGCAGGUAGUAUGAUUCUGGCAUUAAUUAUUUUAAUAAUAGAAAAAGUGUAUUAUUCUUUUAAAAUUCGAUUUAAGAACAACAAACUGUCCAUUAUCAAAUGUAAUCAUGAUUUCGUCAUAAGGAAUAAAUUACGAAAGAAAAAUGACGUAAGAAGAAGAGAGAAAAAUUUUAAAUUUCAAGAAUUUUAUAAUAGACCAAUUGGAUACUGGCCAUAAAAAGCUAUUGUAUAUGUUAGGUGCUGAAUAUUCAAGAGUUGUUUGUAAAAUAGUACUUGUAAUACAUAAUUUGCCUUUAUUAGUUUAUUCAACAAAUAUUAUAAAAUAUUUUAAAAUGUAUCUCGCUGCGGUUUGGAAAAACAAAUACUUUACAGUAAUUUUAAUUUACAGUUUAAUUUACUUUACAGUAAUUUGAUUGUUUUACCUUUUUGCAAUAUAUUUCCGCGUAUUACAUGUGUAUGUAUUAUUUAAAUGAAUACUGUAGGUAAAUGUAAUAAUAACUAAAUUAAUAAAGUAUUUGUAUGUUAGAUUGUGAUUAAGUGACAAUGAUAAAAAUUUGAUAAUGCAAUUCUUGAGAUAUCCGAAAAUUUAUAAAAAAUUCAAUGUAAUACUAAACAAUAUUAAAUUGACACUAUUGUUAGUACUUUUAAUACUAAAAAUAAGUAA